CAUGCACACAUUUACACUCUAUCGCUCUCUUUCUGCCUCUGUUCACUGGAAUUACUUGUCGCAGUGCUUGAAAUGUCAAACCACUUCAACCGACAACUUGAGACAACUAUCCAAUUCAACUUGGUGAUGUAAAUUCCAUGUAAAUUGAGAACACUACUUAAACAAUUCGAAAUUGGUCGCGUGUAUUUUAUUUUCAACUGAUUUUUUAAAACAAAAAAAAUAGAUCAAUUUUAUUUGCGGAAAAAAACUGAACAACACAAUCAAAAUGUAAGAUGAAAAGCAGUUUCAUAAACAUAAAAGUUCACGAGUUUUCGAACAAUACACCCAAUAUGCACACCGUGUUGAAUGGAGACGGCAAACGCGCUGGGCAAAACAAACUCCAUUUAUGGUAGAAAUAUACACUCCAUCCAUGCGUUGGACAUGAACUUUGCCGUCCGUUUGUUUCGAAUAUGAUUUUCGUGUUUGUGUUCGACUUUGGAUUGUGGCGUCGGUUAACGGUGCAUCGGUGAAGGUGCACGACAUUCAAUGCUCUUUGCAAAUCGAAUGCGUGCAAAUGAACCAAAUCAUCGACAAAAUUGUUUCGACAAUUGAACGAUUGGGCUUAGAGACUAUCGUUCGGUGCAAAUGAAAUCACUUUGUUCUCAGCCGCAUACUCGGUUAAAUCGUCUCAUUAUCAUCGUCAUCCAUUUUUUAAUUGAAUCGUUCUGUACCACUUUUCAUUUUAAAAAUCCCAGUUUUAAAAUAAAUUAAGUAGUGCAGAAGAGAGAGAGAGAUUUUUCAUUUUACUCUCGCAUCGAAUUAAUCGUUUUUGUUAGAAUGUUACGUUUUCAACCAUCACUUUGGUGGUUGGCGCUUUUAGUUUUAAUUAGUUUUACAUUCGAAGAAACAUGCGGUUUUUCACUGAACAAACGAGCAAGAAGUGCCGUUACCAAUGAGAAUUUCAAAUUUCAACCGACACCAAACCUAGUCAAUACGAAUUUCUACAAAAAGUGUGAUCCAUGUCCGCACGGCGUUCAAUGUGUGCCAAGCAUUCAAUGUCCAGCGCAUGUUCGAUUGCGAACCCAUGAAAAACCGCAAAUUUGCGAUUUGCCACAUGGCAACUACCACGGCGUGUGUUGUACGACCGGACGCAAUUUCACCAACUUUGAUAAGCAUAAGAAACCAUUUGCACAGGGCCGAAGUGCAGUGAGUGAUGUUACAACCAACAUUAUCAAGCUAAUGAAUGCAGUUGUUAGCGAGGCGGGCGAACAUCUCAUCGAUUUGAGUCAACACGAAGAAGAAGUUGCAGUCAUCAAUCCGCAUGAUCAGCCGGAAUUUAUGCAUAACCUCGGCUUUCGAUCGUCAACGGAAUCCGAAAUGAAAAUACAGCAUGCAAAUAAGAGAGCACUUCACCAGGUGUUUGCCAGUCGAUUGUUCAAAGAGAGACAAAAUGUGGCUGAAGAAGAUUUUCAGUUGCGAGAGGUGCAAGCACCCAUCGAUGGUACACCGUUAGAGCAUCUAUGUGAUCAAUUUCCAGUUUGCCCGCCUGAAGCAUCACGUUAUCGCACCAUCGACGGUAAAUGCAACAAUCCGGAUCCACGCAAAGGACUUUGGGGUGCAGCCGGUUCACCAAUGGAACGAUUACUACCACCGAGCUACGAGGAUGGAAUUUGGCAACCAAGAUUGACAUCAGUCACUGGAUCACCAUUGACAAAUCCCCGCACUAUUUCGAGAGAAUUGAUCAAAGAUGCUGACCGUCCUCAUCCAAGUCUCAACUUAUUGUUUAUGCAAUUUGGCCAAUUUCUUACGCAUGACAUAUCUUUAUCAUCCUCCAUUAAAACUAGUGAUGGAGCAUCAAUUCGAUGCUGCACAAAAGACGGUCGACGUAUUUUGCCACGUGAAUCAUUACACUUUGCCUGUUUGCCCAUUUUCAUUGAGCCCGACGAUGAUUUCUACAGUCAAUUUGAUCAGGGAUGCAUGAAUUUUGUUCGAUCAGCACUUGCACCGGAUGGACAAUGCCAAUUGGGUUAUGGCAAACAGGUGAGCAAAGUGACCCACUUCAUCGACGGUUCGGCUAUUUAUGGAGUAGACGAGAAGACUGCGUCCGAGGUGCGAAGUUUUCAGGGUGGUCGUCUUCGGAUGCUUGAUGAUUUCGGUAGACAGUUGUUGCCAUUAACACUUGAUACGAAAACUUGUGUCAGUUUGGAUAAGGGCCCAUGCUUUUUUGCCGGUGACUUUCGAGCCAGCCAAAUUAUAUCGUUAACGGCAUUACAUAUUUUAUUUGCACGGGAGCACAAUCGUAUUGCCGAUAUUUUGAGCGGUUUGAAUCCGAGAUGGUCGGACGAUGUGAUUUUCUUUGAAACAAAGCGAAUCGUUGAAGCCGAAAUUCAACAUAUUGUCUACAAUGAGUGGCUACCCAAAGUGGUUGGUACCGAAACAAUGCAACGAUUUGGCUUGAGCAUACGUGAGACGGGAUAUUCGGAUGAUUACAACCCGGAUGUUAAUGCAUGCAUUACCAGUGAAUUUUCAACGGCUGCACAACGUUUUGGCCAUUCAACAGUCGACGGGCGAUUUUUCGUUCAUAAAGGCAACGGUGAAGAUGAAGUAAUUGAAAUUCCGGAUGUUUUCUUCAACACAAACAGAUUGCGACAACGCAAUUUCUACGAUGAAAUUCUGUUAACACUCACACGUCAGCCGAUGCAACAAGUUGAUUCGGCUCUUACGCAGGGGUUGAGUAAAUUCCUAUUCCGAGGAUCAAAUCCAUUUGGAUUAGAUUUGGCAUCGAUAAAUAUAUUACGUGGUCGGGAUCACGGUAUUCGUCCAUACAAUGAUUACGUUGAAGUGACUGGCCAUAGCAAAGUGUUGAGUUUCGAUGAAUUCGGCCCUGGAGUUGCUGAAAAAUUGGCGUCUGUCUACCAAAGUCCGGAUGACAUAGAUUUGUGGAUUGGCGGUUUAAUCGAAGCGGCUCGCGGUGAUGGACUCGUCGGUCCGACAUUCGGUGACAUUAUUGCCGAUCAAUUCUCCAAGUUCCGUCAGGGUGACCGCUAUUUCUAUGAACAUUCGCCGAUGAUAAAUCCGGGCGCAUUUACACCUGAUCAGUUGAAAGAAAUCAAAAAGACUUCAGUCGCUCGUUUGAUCUGUGAUAAUUCGGAUGGAAUUCAAGCACAAUCGCCGAAAGCGUUUAUCCGGCCCGAAAUUCCAGGUAAUGGUCCGAUUCCAUGUGGAUCCUUACCAGCCGGUAAUUUCCUACCCUGGCAAGUGUAAAUCAGAUAAAUUAUUCCCAAGUUCCUCGUAAUUCACGAUGUUGAACGGAUUACCUCUUUUAAAAUGAAUUCAUUAAUAAGCGUUUGCAACGUUUCCCACUUUUACUUCCUUCCUUUUUGUUUGCCGAGUUAUGAAGAUAUGAAUUUUCAUAAAGCUAUUUUCUCAUGUACAUGAGUCUAAUUUAUUUUUGUUGAAAUAUGGAAGAAACGAAAAAAAAAAUUGUUGUAUGAUGAUGGAAACACAAGUGUAAAGUGUUGAAUUAUCUCCAAGAGAUGCCAUGUAAAAAAUGUAUACAGCCGGCAACGAAUAAAGGGCAAAAGUCAUAUAUGAGCCAAA